AUGGAUUUAGACUCGAAUUCGAAAAAUGAGAACCACUCGGUCAGGGUUGUUCUCGUUGGUGACGCAGACGUCGGCAAAAGUGCCAUUAUCAAGCGAUAUAGGCAGAAUACACCGCCUUCUCCUUCUCAACUUGGACUAAAAGGACAUGUUCGAGGAGGUAAUACGACAGUUGGCCUUGCACCCAGUUCAUCAUCCAAUCCUCAUGAACAACCGAAGCGCCGAUACGACCAAAGGGGGCCUACAGCUGGCGCUAAUUUCCUGGUCUAUGGGAACGAGGCCUUGCAGACUGUGACGUUAUCGUUAUUUGCUACGAUUGCUCAAGAGUGGAGACCCUUCAUAAUGUCGUUUACAAGGUAUGAAACCAAUUUCUCCUUUCAAAGUGAAAAGCUAAUCGACUUAUUAGUGGCACCCAAUGAUACUACACUAUGCUCCUGA